GUCAGAUCAUGACCACGAUAGCCAUUAUUUAAUAGGCUACAAAAAGAAAACGUAAUGAUUGAGUUUGGUCAUUUUUGUCUGUCUCUCUAACCUAUCUGAACUGAAGAACACAUGUCGGGACCUCAGUGCUGCGAAAACCCGCCGGCUCUUAACCCGGUCUCCGGGUCGGGUCAUGUAGAGAAGCUGGGUGGGCUCGAUGCUUACGUCUCUGGCUCUCUUGAUUCCAAGUUGUGCGUCAUCCUCAUCUCUGAUGUUUUUGGGUAUGAAGCUCCAAACUUGAGGGCGCUUGCGGAUAAGGUUGGAGCUUCUGGAUUCUAUGUUGUGGUUCCUGAUUACUUCUAUGGAGAUCCUUUUGAUGCCUCUAAUCAGGAGAGACCCAUCUCUCUCUGGAUCAAAGACCAUGGCGCUGAUAAGGGAUUUGAAGACACAAAGCCAGUAAUUGAAGCCAUAAAGACCAAAGGCAUAACUGCUAUUGGAGCUGCAGGGAUGUGUUGGGGUGCAAAAGUGGUGGUGGAAUUGUCUAAGCAAGAAUUUGUUCAAGCAGCUGUUUUGCUUCAUCCUUCUUUUGUCACGGUCGAUGAUAUCAAGGGUGGGAAGGUACCAAUUGCUAUACUAGGAGCUGAGAUUGAUCAGUUGUCUCCACCAGCACUCUUGAAGCAAUUUGAGGAGAUUCUUGCUUCCAAACCUGAGGUGAAUAAUUAUGUGAAGAUAUACCCGAAAGUGGCACACGGUUGGACAGUUAGGUACAAGACGGAUGACCCAGAGGCGGUUAAAGCUGCAGAAGAAGCGCACAAGGAGAUGCUUGAUUGGUUUGUGACUUACGUUAAGUGAAUGAGAAAGGUUGUCUAACGUGAUCACAUUUGCUACUCCUACUACUACUAAUAGUGUUGGUAAAUGAAAAUAAAGAGAGAGACGAACUAUGAAACUCUUUGUUGGCGUCUUUACUCUCUAUAGCCUCUUUGGAAGCAUGUUGCUAUGUUGUGAUUUU